CGCUGGUAGUAAAAUCUAUAGGUGGUUCGUCUGUAGCUGCAAUGGCUGUCAUUCAGCAGGUAUUUAAAUAGCUGUCUUCAGUGUAACCAAAUAGCUCGUCAAGUAUGUUAUACACUUCCUGCAGAAGAGAAACUUCUUAUGUAAUGAAUUGGAUUGCCACUGUACUGGUACAGUUCGAAUGGAUAAUUUGAAGUAAAGUAAGCAGUGGGUUUACUAAAAAAUGACGACUGAAGAGGAAGAAAACACGGAGAAAACGAAGGAACUGUUUGAUGAGCUUUGCAGGAAUCUGAACGUGGACGAGGUUGCUGCUAAUGAUGCAUGGAUUUCUUACGACAGCAUUAACAAAAACUACACGUUAGAGGGGAACAACUUACAUUGGCUGGCAUGUGCCUUAUAUGUUGCAUGCAGAAGGACCGUUCCAACUGUUAGCCGAGGAACAGUUGAAGGCAACUAUGUGUCUCUCACCAAAAUACUGCAAUAUUCACAUCAGAGCUGGAUCGAAUUUUUUAAGAAAAUGAAAAAAUGGGAAGAUAUGGCAGAUCUGCAACCAGAAUUCAGAGAGCGCACUUCUAAACUUGAGAGGAACUUCACAGUUUCUGCUGUAAUAUACAAAAAGUAUGAACCCAUGUUUAGAUACAUCUUCAAGGAUCCCCAGGAAGAUCAGCCUCGACAGCAGAGAGGACGGAAACAAAGGAGAGGCCCUUGUCCAGCAUCUCAACAGUUUCACUUUUGCUGGGUAGUGUUCUAUUUUUAUUUUUUAGGAAACUUUCCAAUGAUAAGUGAUGACCUGGUCAAUUCAUAUCAUCUGUUGCUGUGUGCUCUUGACCUAGUGUAUGGGAAUGCCUUGUUGUGUUCCAACCGUAAGGAGCUUUUAAAUCCCAAUUUUAAGGGUUUACCUGAAGAUUUUAAUAGCCGAGACUAUAGGGCACCUGCAUCUCUUCCUUGUGUCAUUGCUCACCUCUGUUCUGUGUAUGACGGUGUGGUGCUUGAAGCCAAAGGCAUAAAGGAGCAUUACUGGAACCCUUACAUCAAGAAGAUUUUUCACAAAAAGAUUUUGAAAGGAAGAGAAGACAGUCUUAUUGGAUUUAUAGAUCCAGGAAAUUUUGGAGAAAGCUUAAAAGCUCUUAGCAGGGCAUAUGAGGAGUAUAUCCUGUCCGUAGGAACACUCGAUGAGAGAAUCUUCUUGACAAAGGACACUGAGGAUGAGAUUCCAGGCAGAUGUCUAAGCAGCACACCUGGGAAGGAGAGUACAGACAGCUUGCAGAACAAAGCAUUUUCUGUAUCGACUCCUCUUACUGGCCGUCAUUACAUUAAGGAGAGCAACUUGUGUGCCACUCCUAUUACCACAGCAAUGUAUGGUGUCAGUCGUCUACAUACCAUGUUAGCAGGAGUGAGGUAUUCGCCCAGUGAAAAGCUAUUGCAAAUAUUCAGGUCUUGUUCCAAAGAUCCGUCCAAAUCCAUUGUUAACAGGUUGAAGGAAAUGUAUGACACGUUCUGUGCGCAUUUUACCGAUGCAGAGACUGAAUAUAGCAGCUGUUCUAAAGAUAUUGCUACCAAGUACUUUCGCCUUGCAGAAAUAUUGUACUAUAAGGUAAUGGAAUGUGCCUUAGAGACAGAGAAGAAGCGAUUAGGAGACAUAGAUCUCACAAAAAUAUUGGAGCAGGAUGUCUUCCACAGAUCCCUUAUGGCAUGCUGCCUUGAGAUUGUCCUGUUUUCCUAUAAGCCUCCUGGAAGUUUCCCAUGGAUCAUUAAUGUUUUUGACCUUCAGCCGUACAAUUUCUAUAAGGUGAUAGAGGUGACAAUUCGAGCAGAAGAUAACCUCUUCAGAGAGGUAGUAAAACAUCUGAACAAUAUCGAGGAACAAAUUAUAGAAAGUUUAGCCUGGAAGAAAAGUUCCCCUCUUUGGACUGGGAUCAGAGAUGCUGACAAUAAGGUCCCUUCCUGCCAAGAGGUAAUGCCACCCCAGUAUUUUGAAAAUUCCACUGGAAACAUCUCAUUAAAUUCUCCUGUGACUCCUAGCAGGACAAGUGAAGUUCGCACUGAAACUGGACUCGGGUCAACUGCCUCUCCAUCGCCCGCAGCAUUACUUGAUAUAUACAGUUCACCUAAUCCUGGCAGUGCAAGACGAAGAUUGUUCCCUGAAAAUGAUUCCUGUUCAGAACCUGCAGGUCAGGCGAGAGUUCCCCAGCCACAAGUAAUAAACACUGUUCCGACUCAGAGCAUGGCUCCAGAAACUGUGUCAGUAACUCCUGUACCUGGGCAGACACUAGUCACCAUGGCAACUGCAACCGUAACUGCAAACAAUGGUCAGACUGUUACAAUACCAGUACAUGGUAUUGCCACAGAAAAUGGAGCAAUUACUUUUAUUCCUGUCCAGCUCAGUGUAAGUGGACAGUCACAGACUGUUGCACCACUUUCAGCACAGACUCUUGCUGGCAGUCUUACCACUCAGCAGAUAACAGGUACCACUCUGCAGAUGGCAGGACCUGUCACGGUUCAGAAAGUGACUCCAUCCCCAGGUCAGCAACAGAGACAGACACUACAAGGAGCAGCGAGUCAAAAACAGAAAAAAAUGGGCUCUUUGUGUCUGUUUAUUAGAAAGGUUUUCCACCUGGCCAGUGUUCGCCUGAGAGAUCUCUCUGACAAAUUAGAAAUUUCUGAUGAGCUGAGGAAGAUCAUUUGGACGUGCUUUGAAUUUUCUCUUGUCCAGUGCCCAAAACUGAUGAUGGACCGACAUCUUGACCAGUUACUGAUGUGCGCUGUUUAUGUAAUGGCAAAGGUAACACAGAGGGACAAGUCUUUCCAUGACAUUAUGAAGUGCUACAGAACCCAGCCCCAGGCCAGUAGUCAUGUGUAUCGAAGUGUUCUGCUGAAAGGACGAAGAAAACGACGAUGUUCUGGAAGCAGUGAUGGCAGUGGACGGCAGAGUUCCCCAAGAGAGACUAGCACAGGUAGAAGUAGCAGAGAUUCUAGCCCUGUAAUGCGAUCCGACAGUACCCUUCCAGUACCUCAGCCUAACAGUGCUCCACCCACUCCAACGUGCCUCACAGGCCCAAAUAGUGAUGUUGAGGAAGAAGAGAGAGGAGACCUCAUCCAGUUCUACAAUGACAUCUAUACUGAACAAAUUGAGGACUUUGCAAAGAAGUAUUCACCAAACAGAAGAAGUGAAGCUCCACCGCUAUCACCGUAUCCAUGCCACAGGAUAACCUCCCCCCGUCGAGUCCAGCUUUCUCAGCACCACUCCAUUUACAUUUCUCCUCAUGAAAACAGUGACGUUCCAACACCACAGGACAGGAUGCUUUACUGCUUCAGUAGCAGCCCCUCCAAGAUGCUGAAAGACAUUAACAACAUGAUCAAGAGUGGAGAGACACCAACCAAAAAACGAGGUAUUCUUCUUGAGGAUGGAAGCGAAUCUCCAGCAAAAAGAAUAUGCCAAGAAAAUCAAUCUGCCUUAAUGAGAAGACUGCAGGAUGUAGCCAAUGACAGAGGCUCUCACUGAGCCAGCCACGUGUCUACACAUGAACCCUGCUUUAUUCUUACUUUUUAACUUGCACACGCCUCCUUUUCAGAUGUAAAGCAACAUCUGAAAAAUACUACAAGAUGGCUAACUUGGAAGGAGUGUCCCUAGAGUGGGCUUUGCUGACAUUCAUUAGCGAACAUGUAAUCCUUUUCCUAGUUAUGCAUUUACUGCUUAAUACCACUCGGCACUUUUUUCCUUUUGGUAAAAACUGCAUUAGUUUCAUUCAGCACAUUUGAUGGUAGUUUAAAGUAGUAUAUGUUUUUCUGCCACUGGAUUUCGCAAGGAAAUAAGAAUAGUGGCUAUUGGGAGCAACUAUUUUUCAAAAUACAAAUAACUAGUCUGCCCAGUAGUCCCUGUUUUGAACAAAGCCUGGUCAUAAUUUACAAAGGUAAAGCGUGCAUCUCACAACCAACAGGAAAGAGGUGAUUUUAUUUGGUGCACUUUGCCUGUGCACUAGGCCAUGGGAUCCUCAGAGCACUGGACAGCAACACCAAAAUAGAAAUUUACAAGUUCUGCUCAAAUCUGUCCUUGGAGCGUCCAGGGCACAUAUUUUUAUAUUCUGCUUUGUAUUUAUAAGAGAGUUCAUAGGUCUCACCUUUUUUAUUUCAGCCCUUCAUAAGCAAAUUUUUUUAUAUUAUCUUUCUGAGGAUGGAAAGUAUUAAUUGGACAAACAUAGCAAAUGAAGCAUGUAUAUCAUUUGUUAAUGUGCAUUAACAUCAGUCCUUGAUUCAACUAAAAAUGAGUAUAUAUCUUUUUUUUUUUUAAGACACUGAACUCAUUUGCUAGAAACCUACAGGUGUUGCACUGUCAUUACUUUGAAGAAAAUAUUCACUUUUGUAUAGUUUUGCUGCAGAGCAUUAUAUAGUCAGUGUAGCAUUUUAACUGGAAUUUAGUUUUGCCCAUUUCUGUCUCAUAAGUACUUAUCUGUUAUAGCUCCGUAAAAUUUGUUUUAUCCUGUGUUUUUUUUUUCACUCACUUUACCAGAGACACAGCUUCUGUGUUUCCUUUUUUAUUCAUAUCAAUAUAUAUAUAUUUUUUCAAAACAGGUAACAUUUGAUGAUACUAAAGUUAUGUCAUUGUUGUAUGUUUUUGUUUUCAGAUGUCCAAGGCUGGAGUACGACUAUGCUUGUUUUUUUUUCCCUAGUGUAAAGAUGGAAUUUAUUGUGGAUGUCUUUGUUAACAGCUUGGUAAGAAAACUGUUAAUGGACCAUCCUGCAGCUACACUAGGCUUUUCCCCUGGCCAGAUUGUAAGUUUUUCUGGCACGUUUUUAGAGUAUUUGUUGUAAGCAGACUAGUGAGUGCCCACAUGGAGUGAAUUAUCUUUGAGCUUCACUGUUGCUUAAAAAUCAGAAAUAGAAAAAAAAGUGGAACUUAUUACUAUACCAGUUAACAAGCUAACAAAUUAAUAGAAGAAAGUUAAAGCUUUCAUAAUGCACAAGUCCUUUUUAAUCCUACAAGGUUAGUGCCAGAUGAAGGCUAAUUCACUUGGGCACUUUAAUUCAUUUAGUCCACUGAAAAUUGUUUUUUUUUUUUGCUUGUCCAUAUCCAUUGUAUGUGGAUGCAUGGGUAAUGCUUGUAUGAGAGAAUUUUUUUUCCUUAUCUUAAUAGGUCAGCCAACUAACUUUUAUUAUUAUUACGGGUGGCAGACAGUGACCAUAUGCAUAUCCCUUCUGUUUUUAUUCUUCAGGACAGUAGCCCACAUUUAGCUCAGUUGAGGGAUCAGAACAGUCUUAACACCUUUAUUAAAUUAUCACUCAAGACAUAGGGCAAGAUUCUAAAAGAGCUGCUCUCAGUGUAAGCCUACCCUGAUCCCAAAAGACUUGCUGUCUGUGUAGGUGACUUACUUCGGUGUAAGGCCCGUCUAUAAACAGGCUUAUACCAGGGACCAGAUUCCAAAAGACCUGCUCUCAGUGUAAGUAAAUGGUUACUUAGAGUAAACAUUUUGGAAUUAAGCCCAUCAAUACACAUAUACCUUAAUAGAAAACAAACCAUAACAACUUUUUUCAUUUACAUACAUUAUACAUUAACUAUAUGGGUUCUUUCUUUAUAACUGUUGUCAAGUCUAGUACUACAUGUGCAUCAGAACAGUCCUAACUUCUAGUUAACAUCCAAAUCCCACCUUUUCUUUUUUCUCAGGGGUGGUGUUAGUUGGCUUCUCAUGUAUAGUCCCAUGAUAACACUGAUACCUGAGCUGGUUUGCUGACACCACAGGUACUUCAUAUGGUUUUUCCCGUCCUCACCAAUCAUCUGGUCAUCCAUUUUGAAAAAUUUUAAUCAGAAGUAAUUUUAACAGCUUAACAUACAAGAUGUGGCUAGCCUUUUUGUUGCAUCAUAAAAUAGCCAGAUGUUUUAUGUGCUCUUUAAGAAAAUUAAUUUAUGCUUCUGAAAAAUACUUUGUUUCAUUUUCCCCAUUAGAAAACUUAAUUGUAAAUAAAAUGUAAAUAGAGCUAAUUUAUAUAUUAAAAAAAGUCAUAUGGAGAAAAUAUGAUUACUUGUAUAAUGUGAAGUUUUGUUUUAUAUGAACCAGUACAUGUAAUAAAGUUUUGUAUUUGA